AUGUGGUUCGUACGCGUUGCCGUCGUGGGCUCCCUGCUGUCCGCCGGCGUUGUGGUGAAGGCAUCCGCAGGCUGGCUCACCAACGUCCCCAGAGGAGAUGUCUGCGUCAACACUCCCCUCCGGGUCGUCGGCUGUCUGCCGCCCGUCAUACGCGAACUUGAGAUUCUCGACGGGCCCGCGACGUCGCCGUGGACGUUCAAGCCCCUUUGCAUCAUGCCCGCCGGCCUCAAGACGCCGCUCUGCGUCUUCACGUCGCACGCCUUCGCCAACGGACGCGGAAUCUCCAUCGUCACCUCUCCCAGGAUCGCCUCCAACAUCCACAACCUCACCGCCUUUGCCCAGUGGGACACGCUGACGCAGGCCGGCGAGCUGGCGGCGCCGCCCUUUGAGGUGCGGGAGCUCCCCGGCCGCGGCAAGGGCGGCAUCGCCAACACGACGCUGCACCGCGGGGACCGCAUCCUCGCGGCCACGCCGGCGCUGCUCAUCGACAUGAGGGUGUACAGCUGGUUGAACGAAAUGGAUGGCAUCGAGCUGGAGAGGAUCGCGGUCCGCCAGCUGCCGCCCAAGGCCCACGAGAUGUUCUGGGAGCUGCACAAUGCCCCGAAAACGAAUUCCGUGCGCGACCGCAUCUCGAUCAACGCCUUUGCGGUGGAAGCUGCCGGCGGGCGGUUCUCGGGUGUCGUGCUCGAGACCUCGCGCUUCAACCACGAUUGCCGUCCCAACUCGGCGUACUACUUUGACGAAGAGACGCUCACGCACUACACGCACGCCGUGACGAACAUCUCUCCGGGGACAGAAAUCUCCCUCACGUACAUCAGCCCGCUCUCGCCACGGUCGCAUCGGCAGAAGAGCCUCGCGAGCACGUGGGGAUUCGGGUGCACCUGCAGCCAGUGCAGCAUGCACCCCAAGAUGGUCAAGCAGUCGGACCUGCGCGUCAACCACAUCCAGAACAUGACGCGCAUGCUCUACGGCUGGCACGAGCGGAUGGCCCUGGACCAGGAGCUGGCGUACGUGGACGAAGAAGUCGCGGCGGGCGCCAAGGGGGCCGAGGAGAAGAAGGUGCGCCUCUCGGCCAGGGCCAGGGCCCUGAACAGGACGAUCCCCCACCUCUCCAACCAGGAGGUCAUCGCCACGGCCGAGACCAUCAUCAGCAUGUUCCGCCAGGAGCGGCUGGACGUGUACAGCUCCGACGCGCACCUGCUGGCGGCCCUGGCGUAUUGCGCCGAGGGGCGCCGCUUCGACACCAUCAGGCAUGCGCAGCUGUCGAUUGAGACGGGGCUGAUACACGAGGGCCUCGACGACGAGUUGCAUUUCGACGUUGCCCAGCUGGCGAAAGACCCGACGACGGACCCGUGCUGGCCGAAGGCGGCGGCUGCGGCGGCGGCGGAGAACUCAACGGCAUCUGAGGAGGCGUCCAAGGCGUCCCAGGAGGGGUCUAAGGCGUCCGAGGAGAGCCCCAAGGUGACCGAGGAGAGCCCCAAGGCAUCUGAGGAGGUGUCCAAGGCGUCCCAGGAGAGCCCUAAGACGUCGACAGCUCACGAGCAGUAG